UCGCUCCGCUUUGCUGCUCCGCUCCGUUUGGACGGCUGAUGCGAUGCCCGGUCUGGAGCGCCUCCAGGGAUCGCCUGCCUCCCCGUAGAAUGUGAAUGAAGCGGCGCAGCACGACUGACGAGCAGGCUCGGGAAGACCAGCGCAGGCCUCGUGCGCCCCUCUCCUUCUCUCGCGCUCUCUCUCUCUCUCUCCUCGUCGGUUCUUCGGCGCGCGGCUCCUUCGGCUCUCCUCGGUCCUCCUUCUUCUCCUCCUCCUCCUCCUCCCUCCUCCCUCCUUCCUUCCAUCCUCGGCGCCGGCCUGCUCUCCCCUCCCCUUCCCGUCAGGUUGCUUUGAUUCUCCCGUUCAUCACGAGCUGCUGCAAGGACCACUAGACCUCCAUGUAUGACAAUUUGUACCUGCAUGGAUUCGAAGACUCGGAGGCGGGUUCAGCAGAUUCCUACACCAGCAGGCCGUCUGACUCGGAUGUCUCCCUGGAGGAGGACAGGGAGGGAGGCCGGCAGGAGAGAGAACAACAGGCCGCCCUGCAGCUCGAGCGGGCCAAGUCCAAAGCUGUAGCCUUUGCAGUGAAGACCAACGUCAGCUACUGCGGAGCCCUAGACGAGGAUGUGCCAGUAGCUGGCACGGCCAUUUCCUUUGACGCCAAGGACUUUCUACACAUUAAAGAGAAAUACAACAAUGACUGGUGGAUUGGGCGGCUAGUCAAGGAGGGCUGCGAGAUCGGCUUCAUCCCAAGCCCACUGAAGCUCGAGAACAUCCGAAUUCAGCAGGAACAAAAAAGAGGACGAUUCCAUGGAAAAUCCAGCGGGAAUUCCUCCUCCAGCCUUGGUGAAAUGGUGUCCGGCACCUUCAGAGCGACGCCGCCCUCGGCAGCAAAGCAGAAGCAGAAGGUGACAGAGCACAUUCCUCCCUAUGAUGUCGUCCCUUCCAUGCGGCCUGUGGUUUUGGUUGGCCCUUCUUUAAAGGGGUAUGAGGUCACAGACAUGAUGCAGAAAGCUCUCUUUGACUUCCUGAAGCACCGAUUUGACGGAAGGAUCUCCAUCACCAGAGUGACUGCAGACAUCUCUCUCGCCAAGAGGUCAGUCCUGAACAACCCCAGCAAGAGGGCCAUCAUUGAGCGCUCCAACACCCGCUCUAGUUUAGCUGAGGUGCAGAGUGAAAUUGAAAGAAUCUUUGAGCUGGCCCGAUCUCUGCAGUUAGUAGUUUUGGAUGCAGACACAAUCAACCAUCCAACACAGCUGAUAAAGACAUCUUUAGCACCAAUUAUUGUACAUGUGAAAGUGUCUUCUCCAAAGGUUUUGCAGCGGUUAAUAAAAUCCAGGGGGAAAUCCCAAAGUAAGCAUCUGAAUGUCCAGCUGGUAGCUGCAGACAAGCUUGCACAGUGUCCACCGGAAAUGUUUGACAUCAUUUUAGAUGAGAACCAGUUGGAGGAUGCCUGUGAACAUUUGGCCGAGUACUUGGAAGCCUACUGGCGGGCCACACAUGCACCUAAUAGCACUCCAAUGAAUCCCCUACUAGGCCGUAAUCUUGGCUCUACUGCACUUUCGCCGUACCCCACGGCUAUAUCGGGCUUACAGGGCCAAAGAAUGAGGCACAGUAACCACUCAGCAGAGCACUCUCCUAUUGAACGCAGGAGCCUGAUGACUUCUGAUGAGAACUACCACAGUGAAAGAGCACGCAAGAGCAGGAAUCGGCUGUCUUCUGGAUCCCAGCACAGCCGAGACCACUACCCACUGGUGGAAGAAGAAUACUCCGACUCCUAUCAGGACACGUAUAAACCACAUCGCAACCGUGGCUCUCCAGGCAGCUACAGUCAUGACUCGAGGCACAGGCUUUGAGUUUACUGGGAACCCGCUAGGCCUCUCCUCUCCUCUCACAGCCCAGUUCUGAAGAGCUAAGACACUCCGGUUCAGUCUCAUGAGUUUUCCACACGUGAUACCUCAUUUCCCUUUGGCACUGGUUCUCUGAUCUUGUCUAGAUUGGUGUGUAAACGGUGCAGUACACUUUGGAUGCUGACUUUUAACAUUGUCUGUUCUAGCGUGAGAGGAUGUAGGCUAACUUCUUCAAUGCUGAGCGUGUGUCAGCAAAUAUAGACACAGGGAAUUUGUUUUUUUUUAUUUUUUUGGCCAAGUUUCUGUAUGUUUUCAAUUUUUUUUUUUGAGAUACAGUAUCACUGCAUCGUAAAUUGCUUUCAUUUUUGGUUUUAUUUUUGCAGCUCCGGUGGAAUGUGACCAGAAUUCUUAAAUAAGAACAAAUUCUGAACCAGUGCCAGUGAAAAAAAUUGGAUAAAUGUUUGUGCAAAGUUUGAUUACCACGUUUUUCUGGGUGUGAUGGGAAUAUGGGGUAUGGCAUAUUUGUGACAAUGUUCGUUUUUUUCUUAAUUUUUGUAGCACUGUACGCAGUCCAUAAAUGGAAAGAAACAACAUUUUCCCCGAUAUCUGCAGCAGAACAGAGCUGGUCGUGAGUGCACCAUUCUCCCUCAUUUCAUUUGCUCUUGCACCAAUUUGUGCCAUCUGGCUCAUCACCAUGGCAGUGGCUUGUAAAAAGAUCCGCUAAUUCUGUGGAACACGGUGUGGGGGAAUCCUUGGUGAUCCAAACAAGCGGUUACUGUCUGGUACUCUGGGACGAUGUCUGGCAUUCAGCAUGUUGUGCAGUCUUGUCACAAAGGAGAGGAGGAAAGUGAAUGGCUGCAAGCAGCAGUGCCAUUUACUGUUCAUUCUCUAGUGAUUACGGUGUGCUACUGCUGCCAUCAUGUUGAUGUUGACCACCUGACGAGUGUAAAGUGCAGGCUAUUCCUGGAGAUUUGACGCUCUUUUUAUGGUUCACCUUGCAUCUCAGACUUAAAUAUUCAGAUUCACUUUAAUGAGGCUAAACAGUGCAGGAGAGUGGCCUGCCCUCAGACAGAAGAUGAAGCCACGGGGGGCUUGUGUGAUGCCCUGAGUGCCUGAGUGUGAAUUUGGGUGGCAUGGUGUCUUGUUCAGGAUGUGGUUGAUUACUGCCAGCAUUGCUCCUUGCACCCUGGGUGAGUAGCAGGCAUGUCCGAUAUGGACGAGUGUAGAAGAGCCAGGUGGGCUCCUCGAGUGUCACCCGUGCUUACUUUCACACUUUGAGUUGCUCGACAUCACUGCAUACGUGCAACACUGGGUGCCUUAAUGUAGUAAUCUGGUAUAGGCUGCGGCCUCCAUAUCUUGACAUCAGUUGUUUCUAUUUCUCCUGUAAUGUAGGGGGUGAACAGCACUGAUGAGUUAGCCACUUGGCACACUCACACAUGGCACCAACAAGUAAAGGAGACCCACACAAUAUAUCCAAGCUGGUAAUGUAGUGUUAAAAAUGUCACAAAUUCUGCAGAGCUACCGAAGACCUGAAGAAAAGCAUUUUUUGUGCUGCCCUGCUGUACAGAGAGGGUGUGGAGUUAGAAUGCGCUUUUUGACCACAAUUGUGGAGAAGGAAUUUAGCUGAUGCAUUUGGCAUAAAAGGUAACUUCUGGCAAAUUGAACUGACUGUGCUCAUGUUACCCACUAGAGGGCACUUGUUUUAACUCUGCAGUUUGUUUUUAUUUUCUCGCCAUCUUUUAUUUUAGUGCCUCUUUAUCAAAGCCUCGUUGAAAAGUCUUCCAUGUCGAGCGUGCAACAAGACAUCAGCUGGCCCGGUCUUAGUCGGUCGCUUUUCCAGCCAGACUGCAGUAACUGUGAUACGCAUACAAGCAAUUUGGAUCAUUUGGAACGUUCAGCUCACUUUAGAGAUGUCAAGAAUACCUGCAUAGACGCUACUCUCAGGCGCUACUAUCUGAUUAUCUGAGGGCAGGGAAAAGCAGAGGAAAUUGACGAAUGUUUGCAGGAAAACUGGCCUUGCCAACAGCCGUCUCAUCAUGGAAAUAGCCUUAGAUGUGUUAAAGCGCCUUAGAUGUGUUCUGGCCUACUUUGCCAUUAAGGAAUUUGUUUUCAUGGUAACACAACUUCACUUUUCCAUGUAAAAGAUGGAGAAAGAAGGACUCAUUUACACAAUAUAACCUUUUGAAGUCUCAGAUUUGUUAUCCUCAUCGCUGUCUUUUGAGUCCUUCACCCCGUAGACCUCCCAGACAUUCAGGUGGGUCAGAAGGCCCACAAAACUCAUCAGGGCUUUCGCAGGCUAUUUGUUAUGGAAGACAAGCCGACUGUAAGCGCUCGUGGUCAACCCACUGAAUCAUUCCGUAGCCUGACUCGUGGUGGGCUUUGUUUGACUCUUUAAACCCUUGUGUUGUGGGGGGGGAAAAAAAAAGUUGUUGACUUAGUGGUCCGGUGUGGUAGCCCGUGGCAUUACUGAGUGUGAACGUUGGGCAACUCCUUGUCAAUCAUAGAAACAGAUUGCACUUUACAAUUUUUGUCGUUUAUGCAUUAAAUGAAAUUGAACAGUCCGCUUUCCUUUAGUUGUUCAUUUUGCUGACAAUCGGUAUGUUGCCCUUUUUGUUACUUAAGAUAUUAAAGUGUGUGUGUGUGUCCCCGCAUGUUCAAAUGAUCCAGCUUUGUGGAUACGGAUGUGGCUGUGCAGGGUUUACACAGUUGUUCUUUAAUUAGUGGAUUGUUGUCCCCCCACCAUGGACGUGAUGGCCAGGAAGACGGUGGUGUGAAAGAGGAUGGAUGAGUGAAGGCUGAGUGUGUUAAUCUAAACAGAAGAGCAUAUUGAUAUCGUAAAGUUGAUCAAAUCUAAUAGAUAAACAGACACACACAUAUAUAUAUAUAUAUACACACAUGUAAAAAGAUUUCAAAUAAUGAACUGGACUAAAAAUACUCUUCCUAUUCUCGCUGUUCACUUCACUGCAUUACUCCUUCCUCUUUUUGCUGUGUGCAUGGUGUGUGUGCCAUGCAUGGCGUCUGCGAGUAGCAUUGACGGACGGUUUACAGGAGAGUCUGACUUUGUGGUGUCAUCAAGUCCAAGCCAUCAGAACACAGGGAGAGCAUAAGUUGCUAAUCCUGGAUUUGCCUUUAAAGCCACAAGGCUGUUGGCACUCCUGGCACAGCUUGUGGUUGGACUGUGUGUGGCGCAGGUGUAAUAUACGGUUUUGUGUAACUUCUUUUGAGUCGGCUUUCUCAACACGGUACUGCCGUGCUGCCAAUGACGUAUCGAUCUGAUGAUGCCUUACAUCGACGAUGAUAUGUGCUUACUGCCAUACUUUGGUUGCCUGAUUUGUACUUUUCUCCACAGACGUGUUGCUUUAUUGUGAGGCUGCUGUAAGCGCUCCCGCUCACCCCCAAAGUCCAUUCAGAACUCCCAAGACUCCUAACUCGUAAAGGGACGACUAAAAUAGCAAGCACAUUGGAAAACUAGGAUUGCACAUUUGUGUUAGCACAAAGUUAGAUUAGACGUUGCCAUGCCCUCGUCCUGUCGGCGCACUCUUAACUGGUUUAACAGACUGCGUAGUAGAAGUCAAGCGCCAUCUUUUCAGGUUAGUACCUCAGUGUUAGCUUUUCAGAUAUGACGUUACUCCCGCAUGAUGUUUAAGAUACUCGCACCGACUGUGUAGUCGCUUUCAUAUCUCGACACCUUUCUGAAUCCCGAAUUGUGAAAUGCGCUUGAGGGGCCGCGUAGGGUCUCUGUAAGGACCCGCCCCACUCCUACGUGUGAGAGCUGUUGUAUUCACGUUGUGAGCAUUUAUUUUUCUAGAUGGAUAUUAUUGUUAUUAUGAAUCUGUUGACUAUUAAUCUUCAUCAACCAAUUGAAGUGGUUGUUUACCUUUAAGUUGUCAUUAACCGUGUGUUAAUGCUGUAUAUGAGAUUUACACUACUUUGAGUAGUUGACUAUUGCCAGUGUAGAAUUCUUUAUCUGGUGCUACGUUAUUAUUCCAACAUGCCUAGCUAUGGUUGACAUAAAGAUGAGAUUAAAAAUAAAUCUAUUUAACUUUUAAAGUUUGAGAUUUUAUUUUUGCUUAUUUAUCGUGUAAUAUUUAUGAACUUGCAGAUAUUCACUUUAGAGCCUCCAAGCACCUGGUAACUGGAAUUCGUUCUGCUGGCCGUGCUUGCCGUAUCAGUCAGCAUUUGCUUCUGAUUAAAAACACAUUUAUGAUCAGAAGUGGUUCUCCCUAAGCCCCCUCGUUGUCCUUGGUGACCUGGGUAGGCCGGAUACGUACAACAUGUCCGAGAACGCCGCAGGGCCUCGCAGAGAGUUAAGAAAAACCAUCUUUGGUGGAGUACAAGAAGCACCAGGACACGGUGGCAGAGUGGCAAAGUGAACAAAAACCGUUUGUGAAAAAGGGGAACCGAGACGAGUAGAGCUGCCGCCGGCGUGUGUGUUGCUGCAGUGGGCUUCCUGUGCAAGUGCAGUGAUGGUGUAUUGGUGGUCUGCAAUUCCCCACCCAGAAACUGAAUCCGGGACACCUAGUGGAUACAAAGGGGAAGUGCUUCACACCACCGCCCACAAACAAACCGAGUCGUGAAGUGGAGUCGGAGGUCCUGCUGGCGUUCAGAACCUGCCAGAAGAGCUCUUGGGACAGGUGAGCUGAUCUGUCGGCCCUUCUGGCCCCCGUCCUGCUCCCGUUACCUCAGUUGCAAAGCACGUACACCGUAGCUGUAAAUCAUUAGGCGUGCGGCUCCGUUUGGUUCAAGCCGGUCCUCGAUUCUGGACAUCACUCGUUCCUUCCAGCUGAGCACGUGUGUGUGACAUGUGGCUUUGGCUCUUCAUAGUCCAUAAUGAAGGUCAUUUGUUUGACCACUCAUGGCCUGACUGGCGCCGUAGUUCAGUUUUGUAUUUCUUGAUUUUCAGUGAGUAGCCCUUUGAAAUGUGGCUGGCGAGUGUUGUGGGUGCGGACUUAUGGGACGUGAGACUCCACAACGAGGUGGAAGUGCUCUGUCAUUGUCAUUUGGAUUGUCAUGCCACUUGAACAUGAAGGUACAAAAGCUUGGUGGCUCAGCCUUGUUGGGGACCUACAGUUGGUCUGUCAUCACUGGAGUGCAUUUGGUCCUCCGGGAAUCCUCCAGUGCUUUGGGUGAAAACCGUUGAUCCAUCUUCUGAACCAGAGCAGAGCUGUGGUGAAGCUGCAGCUGAUCGCAGUCCAUCACGAGGUUAACACACACACAGACACACACAUACAUCGACCUGCAUGUCUUUGGACUGUGGUCAGGACACCCUGGACACAAACCGUGGUCACCUGCCACUGCACCACCGCCCGAACUCAAACUACUGCCGUAGACUUCACAGCGCACGCUGGAGACGCGAGGCCACGUGGCCCCUGAGGAUGUGACGUCCCUCGGCUUCCUCCUUGGAAUUGUGCGGACCCUGCUGACAUUCGGGAAGGAGAGGUCUUGCUUUAGUGCCACCCGUGUAGCUUUGCUUUGUCACUUUGUCUUUUUUUUUUUUUUUUUUUUUAAUAACUUUAUAGCUGCUUUAUUGCAGUUGACUUUAUUUUGUCAUUUGUGUUGAAUUAAUUUAUUUUUAACGAGGGCAUAUUUGGUGGAUAUUGCAUGUGUUGUCAUGGUAAUGUAAUCUUUUUUCGUUUUAGUUUCUUUUCCAACCAGUGACACUGGGACUUUUUAAAUGCAUUUUUUAAAAAGAGAUCAAAUUUAAAGAGAUAACAGUAUGUAUAUUUCAGUCUAAUAAUGGGGACCCCCUUCAUUUUCGUGGACGUUAGGAUGACAUAGAGUUAUUUUUGCUGUCACUAAAGAUGUUAUUUUUUUUAUGGAUGCUUCUCCCAGCCAGGAGUGAGCGAAAUUACAGGUGAACUCAACCAUUCUCUCGUUUUCCCUUUUCCGGUAUGAACCAGUUUUGUGCGUCACAGUUUGCACCAAUCGGCUGAGGGCCGAUGACUCCGCCUUCAAAGCGAGUUUUUCGUUUCUCCUUUUCAAGUCCGAGCCCCAACGUUAUCUGCUCCUUAAAUGACACAAACUGACAAAAUCUGUGCAGAACGCGACAAAAGGCAUGCUGGGUAAAAUCCAAUCAUUUACUAUGCAAAUGUGUAAAGUGCUGCAUGCUGAUGCUUUAACUCUCCACAUACUGUUUAGCGGCUUAUCCGAGUUCAACUGAAAUUGUGCUGUUAUUUUUGUGGAAGAAGACAUUUAAAAAAGGGAAAUGCAAAUUGCAUGCAUGAUACAACACUUUGGUUUAUGAAA